AUGAAUUCAUCGAAACACACUACUGUGAAUCGUUCUCAGUCAGGCGAAGCAGAUAAGCAGUCAUCAUCAUCAUUGCAGUCGCAGUCGUACUCAUCAGCUGUGAAAGAUAUUAAGGUGCCACAGCAGACAAUAGCUCCUGCUUCGAAGCAAGGCUCUGCCUCUGAGCCGGCUCGCUCUUUAUCACCGGCUGUUAUCUCAGAACAGUAUCAAAGAAGAAACUGUAUUCGCAUAUUUGGAGUGCCAGAAGCGAAUAAGGAAGACACUAAUCAACUAGUGAUCGAUGUUUGCAAAGAUAAGCUGGGUGUCAACAUCGAGCUGCAAGACAUUGAUCGCUCGCAUCGUGUGGGGCGUCGGCUGGCCAUUGCGGCGUCCAACACCCCUCCACCCCGACCCAGCGCCAUCAUUGUCAAAUUCUUUGUUUUUGAGUGCGUCAUGGCCGAGAAAAGAAAGUCUUUGAGUGUUGACUUCAAACGUAAAGUUUUAAAAUUCAUAGAAGAAAACCCUCAUAAGAAGAAAGUGGACAUUGCAAAGGAAUUCAACAUUCCACCAACAACUCUUUCAACAAUUCUUAGAAAUAAAAACAGAUAUGAAGACGAAGGUGGACUUUCUGGUCAGUGUAAAAGGGCUAAACCAGCCGAACUACAGGACGUUGAAACUGCUGUCAUGUUAUGGCUUAAACAGUGUCGUGACAAAAACGUAUCCAUUUCGGGACCUAUACUUCAGGAAAAAGCUCAACAAUUUGCCGAGCAGUUGGGCCAUAAUUCUUUUCGAGCAAGCAAUGGCUGGUUGGACCGCUUCAAGAAGAGGAAUGAAGUAACUUUUAAAAAAGUGUGUGGUGAAAGCGGUAGUGUUGAUGAUGCAGUGUGCGCGGAAUGGAAGAAAAAACUGAUAGACUUGACACAAGGAUUCAAUGAAGAUGAUAUUUACAAUGUAGACGAAACAGGCUUAUUCUUCAAAUGCCUACCAGACAAAACUUUGACUUUCAAGGGUGAUCCCUGCAGUGGAGGGAAAAACAGCAAGGAACGGCUUACGGUGAUGCUUGGGGCUAAUGCAUCAGACAACUGUUCGGCCCACAAGGACAUCCCGAAGUUGACCCAUAUUAAUCUCCAGUUCUUGCCGUGUAAUACAACAUCAAAACUUCAGCCCAUGGAUCAAGGGAUAAUACAGAAUUUCAAAACACUCUACAGACGGGAAGUGGUUAGACAAUACCUGAACGACAUGGAUCACCAAACUUCAACUAACAUCAACCUCCUCGACGCCAUGUGGAUGGUGAUGAAAGCAUGGAAUAAUGUUUCUCAACAAACAAUUGCAAAUUGUUUCAAAAAAAGUGGUUUCAAACUCAGUGUGCAAGAGGAAGCCACGGAUGAAGAGGAGUUGGAUAACCCGUUACCCGCACAGCCUGGUUUGAAUGUCGAAGCCUCCUGGCCAAGAAUUCAAGAAGCAUUGGAUAUCAACAUCGAGUUUGAGGAAUUUGCAAACUUUGAUGAAGAUGUUGCAGUAUGUGGGGAGCUUACUGAUUAUGAAAUCAUCUCCAAAGUAACCGCAGAUCCGGAGGCAGAUGAUGACGGUGAAGGCGAGGAAGAAGAAGAUGUCCAAGCUGAUGCAGCUUUUUUUAAUUAA